CCAUGAUAGUGAACUUGGAAGUGGCUCAACAGAUGGUAAAAUGGAGACCACUCAAGCAUGCAAGCAAUAAUACAAAUCAUAUGUAAGAUGAUGAGCUCCUCAGAAAAAAUAAUGGUGAAGGAAAUGCCCUUGGGAAGCAAAAAAACCAUAAAGAAAUUGAAUUCAGUCUCCCUUGGAAGGUGGAAUUUGCAUUUCUCAAAGUUCUUGCUAUGCAGUAAAUGAAGUGCCUAUCCCAUUGUCUUCUUAUUGCAUUCAAUGUCACUCCUCUGUGAAAUCCUCAAUCAAGAACCCUACAACAAUUUUUAUUUGGUUAAUUAAUGAAAACUUAUUUAUAAAUAUCAUUAAAAUUAUCUCAAAUCAGACAUUCUAGUAUAUAAGAAAAUUCGAUAACACAUCACUACAAAACAUAGCCUAACGCCUGAUUGAGGCAAUGAGUGACAAAAAAUGUAAGCCUAGCCAUGGUUGGACUAAAUUUGUCUAUAAAACCUUUCCUAAACUUUCAAUCACAUGGUUACACACUAGGAAAAUGCUAGAUCUACAAAUUUGAAACACAAUUUUUUCACAUAAAGGUGAAUAGAUGGUCCAGAUUGAUUUAAGGUGUGAUCCCCACUACACUUCAAUGUAUCUAAACCACACAUAUUUUAUUUUAGUUUUGAACAAUUAUGUGAACCUAACCUAGCAGCACUGAUUCUGGUAAUAAUUGUUACUAAAGUACAAUAUUCUUAGAGGUUUUUUUUUUUUGUUAGGGGAAAAAAUCAUCAAUCAUACAUCUUUUAUUAAUAGUUUGCAUUUCAAAUCUUAUAAGUGUUUCUUGAUUCACAUUUCUGCUAUAGGCCGAUCAGGAUAGUCUAUAACACUCUAUAUGAGAUUGGGAGAGCGAUUGCAUGUCACACUGUGACUAAGAACAGAUAAAUUUAUGGAUUUUAUUAGUUUAUAUGGUAAAUACCUAACUUACCUAACUCUAUAUAAAGCACCCCUUCUCCUCCUCAAACAAAGAACACAUAGGAACAACAGACAAAGAGGCCCCCAAAACCGUAUAAAAACACUUACACUUGCCACAUUAGCACUCACUAAGAGAAAUGGGGAGGACCAAGAAGCUCACAAUGUUGUCCAUUUUAGCAUUGAUGUUGGUGGUGGCAGCAAUGGCGAUGAUGGAGGAAGAUGAGAAGGAAUGCGCCGACCAGCUUGCCAACCUGGCGGCCUGCAUUCCAUUCGUGAGCGGCUCUGCCAAGAAGCCGACCCAGCAGUGCUGCGACGACACCCUGAAAGUGAAGAGUGCCAAGCCAAAAUGUUUGUGUGUUCUUAUCAAGGAGAGCACUGAUCCUUCUAUGGGCCUCCCUGUCAAUACCACUCUGGCACUUCAAAUGCCCUCAGCUUGCAACAUUGAUGCCAAAGUCUCCAAUUGCCCCUCUUUACUCAAUCUCUCACCAGAUUCACCUGAUGCAAAGAUCUUCAAAGAAGCAGGUGUAGAUUCGAGCAGCAUGAGCUCAACGACAGAUUCACUGCCAACUUCUGCUUCUACUUCAUCUGGUUCAUCAUCAUCUUCUUCUUCUGGGACUGGUUCGAGUUUCAACUCAAAAGCCACUCCAAGCAGCAAUGAUGUAGCAAAGUUGAGUGGAAGCUUGUUGCCAAUUAUCAGUCUGGUUUCAGUAACAUGGAUGUUUAUUUGAGCUGCAAACAGCUCCUUAGCUCAUGUAUGAGCUGAAAAUGGUGCAGAGAAAUUUAGCAGUUUGUUUCCGAGUUUUUCUUUUUUCUUUUCCAGCUUGUUUCCCUUUUCACUAGCAUAAUAACAAAAAUAAGAUCAAGAGCACCUGUCUUGUAAUGAAUUUUCUUUACAGUAUGAUAAGCUUUCAUAAGCUACAAUGCAAUUCCCAAAAAAGGUAUCAGUUCGCCAAACAAAUUUUCUGUGUUUCCAACAAAAAAAAAAAAAAAAAAAAUGAAAAUAGAAAACAGAAAAUGGAAACAUAACCAAGCAGACCCCUGUCAAACAUGGGUCUCAAGAGCAAGAAAUAAGCUUUCCAGAAAGUCAGCCAGAAAAUAUGAUAACAUGGUGUUAAAAACAAUCAUAAAGGAAAUUUGGCAGCCUAAGCAAGACCAGUUAGAAAUUAAGAAUUGAACAUGGCCUUAUAAACAAAAUUCAGCAAUCUAAACAAUGCCAGAUAGAAAUUAAGAAUCUCUCUAGAUGGGUGCCACUGCACCAAGAGUGCUUCAAGGAUUAAAAAUGGAUGUUAUGGAAGAGAAUGCGAAGCAAAUAGGCAAAGCAUGACUGCACAGACAGACAAUUCCCGUUAAGUUUGUUUUGAGUAAAUCUCAAAUAGGCAAAGCAUGACUGCACAGAUUAACAAUUCUCCAUAAUUUUGAGUAAAUCUACGUGUACAUAGGAUUUUCACAGAAUAGGAAAAAUGAAUUAGUGUGUGAACAAAACACAACAUUUGAUUAGUCCAAAAUUGUGAAUUCUACUAUUUUAGACUAACAAAGUGGUAUGUUUUUGUGCACGCAUUUUGGAAGUGUGUGAAGGAAUGAAUGGGAUCCCCAUAUAUGGUGAACCCCAAGCGUGACUCACAUUUUGGAAGCGUCUCACAUUUGUUUUCCUUUCUGUGAAAAUCUUAUGAAC